ACUGCGAUGGAUCCGGAAGAGGGCUCGACGGCCGUGGACAACAUAGUCACUCAGUUCAACACCUACGAAGACUUCCUCGACUCCCAGAUUACUACCGUGGACUUGUACUACCUGGAGGAUGAAAGCCUGGCCCGCCAGUUGGUGGAGCUAGACUACCGAGGGACUGGAGAGGUGGUGAAAAGGGAAGAUUUUGAAGCGAGGAAGGCGGCUAUAGAGAUUGCAAGAUUGGCUGAAAGAACCCAGAAAAAGACAUUAACAAGUGCUGGUAAAGACCUGCAAGAUAAUUUUCUGAAGGCUCUGGCAGUGAGAGAAGACGACAAUCGCAAUGGAAAAGUGAGCUCUGUGAUCUUUAUUCGUGACAGAAAUUCUCAUGGGCAGGAGGUGUCAGGAUAUAUUGACUAUGCCCACAGGCUGAAGAUCGAAGAUUUUGAAGUCUACUUUAAUGGAAAAAGAAGACUUCUUCCAAGACCCACAGAUAUGAGCUUUUACAACUGGGACAAUCAUAUUGCUGUUUGUAAUUCUACUCCCAAUUAUCAAGUGAUUGCUGAUAAUCCAGAAGGCUUACUUUUCAAAUACAAGAGAGACAGAAAAAUUCUCAAUGUGGACCCAAAGGCUCAACCAGGUGACAACUCUACUAGAACCCCUAUCCAGACACAGCUCUACAUACAAGCUGUCAUUUUUGACCACAUUUCCAGAAGAAAGACUUAACUACCAACAUGUUAGAUGGUUCUCUAAUGGUCUGCUAAAUUUAAAUGAAUCCUGUAACCAGAAGCAAAUUAAAAUAAUAAAUUAGUCCUGUAGCUGGAAGGCAAAUUGGAAUAAUAAAAGUUAAUAAAGAAAUUAGA